UUCGAACGGUAUUUCAAAUUGCGUAACGUUAAUAACAAUCACACAAUUUGGAUUUUGUUGUCUGUUUUAUUUUUUCAAAAUCCUAGUGUUUAAGAAAGGUUUUUGCAUGUUAUUUUUAUAGAAUAUCAAGUGAAAUAGAAGCGUACGAACUCUGAAAAAGAAAAUAUGCAGUUUGUGUAUAAAGUUUGGAAACUCGUGGAAGAUCCCAAAUACGACGGAUUAAUAUAUUGGAGUUCUAUGGGGGAAAGUUUCAUAAUUCAAAAUGAAGAUGUGUUUGCAAGAAACCUUCUUCCCUUGUUUUUCAAACACAACAACAUGAGGAGUUUCAUCCGUCAGUUAAACAUGUAUGGAUUUAAGAAGAUCACAAGAAUGGAAAGUUAUAGUAAUAAUGCUAAUAAUUAUGAAGUCGAAUUUUAUCACCAGUUUUUCCAAAGAGGACAAAAGAAACUACUUGAAUUCAUAAGGAGAAAGAAUUCAUUUGGUAAAACUCAAGACAGAGGGCAGCUUACAGAUGACAUCAUACUAAAAGUCUUCAGUGAGAUAGAAAAUAUCAAAAACAAUCAAGAAAAUACUAAUUCUGUUCUUAUUAGUCUGAAAAGUCAAAAUGAAACAUUGCUCAAAGAAGUAGCCAUAUUACAACAAAAACACAUCAAACAACACCUGGUUUUUGAAAAGCUGAUGCAUUUUCUUGCAUCCUUGGUUCAGUCACAAAGUAACGUGAAACCGAAGAGGAAGAUGCCACUGGUGACUGAUAAUGAGACAAGCAUGCCAACUAGUAGCAAGGUGUCUUGCCUCUCUCAUCAGCUUCAAGGUGGUUUGGCCAUCUGUGCACAAACUUGUUGUGAAGAAGUUACACAAGACAUAAAUCCACACGGCUCAGAAUGUUUUGAAGCCAUAUGUAUUUUGGAGGAAGAUGAUGAAGGAAGAAAUUCUCCAGUUUCGUGUGAAAGCACCGGUGUAAUUAGUGAUGGUCUCAUACCUAAUAAUCAAGACCCUUCCUCCAUUGUGGGUAGAUUUUCAGAUACUUCACCUUUAUGUUUAACUUCUAUCAAGAAAGAACAAGAAAUUUUUCCAACUUUUACCAGAAGCCCCUCCCAUUCUUCAGUCCUUCAGGAUCUUGUUUCUUCUGAUCAAUUGAUGCCAGCCAUUAAUAAAUCUUCUUUCGCAUCGAAACCUGAAAUUGAUGAAGAAGAACAGGUGUGGAAUGAAUGUGAUAUUAAUAAAGAUGUUAAAGACUACUUUGUCAACAUUGAAGGCAUUGCAGAUGAAUUGGAUUGGCUGCAACAACAUUUGUCUGAUAGAUCCUUUGAGUUUGAUCACAGUUUAUUAUUAAAGGUUUACAACCUUUCAUCAAAUUACUUGUCAGUAAUAAAUAGUACAACAAGAAAUGAAAAUAGUUAGUCCAUUGAGAAAAGGUAAUCUCUUAUAUUUGGAUCCUGUUUUCACGUUGGUGUUAUUUUUGUUAAUAAAACAGUAGUUUGUGUUUUGCUACAUUUUGCUGUAACAUUUGAAAAAAACAGUUGUAGCUUUUUAAAAGUUUAUUUCAUUGUUACUGUACAAAUUACAUAAGAAUUUUAGUUUUCAUUUUUCUAAUAGAAAGAUGACUAUUACUUAAAUUGUAAAGCAGUUUAUGAUAAAUAAAUUAAAAGUACAUUUCUGAAUUGUAUGUAAAUUAAAAUAAUACAGAUAAGUUAUAUUUUGUAUUAUUGAUAUCUUUCCAAGCUAAGUUGGCAUGACACGCAAGAUGUAUGUAUGUGUAUUGAUUGACUGGCUUAUAGAAGUUUAAGUUAUAAGUUUUAGUCAACUGUCACCAGAUCUGUAGGUAAACUUUAACUGUCACUAAUCUACAAAGAAACUUUAAAAAUACCAUAUAGAGGACAUAGACUUCAAGCUUGGAUAGAGAAAAAGGUACUACUUGUUGUCAAGAACAUAUGGUUGAAAAAGUAUUACCUACAUUGAAUGAAAUGGUACUUUUUUUCUGUUGCAACCAAACUAGCUUAGAUAAAGAAUGCAUUACUGAUGCAAAAGGACAAGCCAAGCUCAGGUUAUUUCAGCUUUAGAAUGAAUAAGAAUAGUGGACAGUAAUAUUUGGUAUUAGCACUAUAAAUGAUCUUGGUAUUUGCACCUUUUUGUCGUAUUAUUUGAAGAAGUAUCUCUGUAUGACUCGAAUUAUACACUUACUGUUUGAACACCAACAGAGACCAGGGUAGGCUAACAAUUACAGAGCUGAGUCUGAACAGCAACAGAAACUUAGAGCAGGCUAACAGUUAGAGAACUGAGUCUGAACAACAACAGAACUUAGAGUAGGCUAACAAGCAGAGAAUUGGAUCUGAACAGUAAUAGAAACUUAGAGCAGGCUAACAGUUGGAGAACCGAGUCUGAACAACAACAGAAACUAGAGUAGGCUAACAAGCAGAGAAUUGGAUCUGAACAGUAAUAGAAAUUAGACUAAGGUACUCUUCACCAGAAGUAUCAUUUGAGGUAACAAAGAUGCUAAUGUAACUAAGUACAUCCCAAGGAGAUGUGUCUCAAAACUGUUUGGUCCAAAGAGGGCACUCUACAAUUAACACAACUCAUUGUACUUAAAUAAUUUUCUUACUUGGAACAUCUGAUGUGACUUUAAAAAUUACUAUAUGAUUAGGGUAAUAGGUUUUAAAAAACUGGAUGUGAUUAGCUUAUAUAACUCGUGGAUACAUGAAGAUUAUGGAAAUUGAACAUUUUAAGUGGACAACAAAACAAAGUGAAUAUUACUGGCUUUAAACACUGAUUAUACUGAGAUAAAAUGAAAUGUUUUUCUUCUUAGUUCCACUUAAGUAUUUGACUAAAUAUUAUCACUAUGGAGUAGGUAAAAUGUGUAAAUUAGAAAACAAUUUAUGGUCUUCACAUUGAAAUAAGUGGAAAUUUGCUCUUGAAUAUAUAACUCUCAUAUGUGGAUAAAUAAAAAUUUUAGAUUUA